AUGACUACAUACAUGAGAUUUUUCUCUCACAUAAAGAAAAAUUACGACUAUGGUGUGGUGAUAUUCCUCUUGACGUUCAACUUGAUCACAGUGUCAAGCUAUCGUGUUGAUAGCGUGUUGAAGAUCGCUCAUGAGCGAUUUUACACCAUAGCCAUUGGAUGUAGUAUCUGUCUCCUCAUGAGCCUAUUUAUAUUUCCAAUUUGGUCAGGAGAAGACCUCCAUUUAUCGACUGUUGCUAAGUUCGAUGGCUUAGCAAAAUCAAUAGAAGUUUGCAUUAACGAGUAUUUUAGCGACGGUAAUAUUAAUCAGCAAGAGGAAAAAGUGAAAAAAUAUUCAAUGGAAAUGGAGGAUCCCAUUUACAAAGGUUACAAGGAUGUUUUAGAUUCCAAAUCAUCUGAUGAAACUUUGGCACUAUAUGCAAGUUGGGAGCCAAGAUAUUUAAGAAGUUGUUCCUGGCAGCAAUAUGUUAAAUUGGGGACUGUUCUUCGCCAUUUUGGAUACACAAUAGUAGCUCUACAUGGAUGCCUGCAAACUGAAAUUAAGGCUCUAGAAGUUUUUUAA